AUGGGGUUGAAGGAGGACCUCAAUCUGAAAGGGAACAUUUUAGCGACAAACUGCAUAACUCUCCCCAUCGCACGCAUUGCUCUCGGGAUAUUCGAAGCGACCGCAUGCCCGUCGCUGAUGCUCAUCAGUAGCCUUUACUACACCAAAUCAGAACAGGCCCCCCACUUCGCUUCUUGCGUGAUCUUUGUUGGCUUCCAGCAUGUUCAACAUACCUUUGCUGGCUGGCGCAUUAUGUUCCUGGUUCUGGGGCUGGUCACAGUCAUAGCUGGGCUGGCCACAUGUGUGUUUCUGCCAGACACGCCCAUGCAGGUGUCGUGGCUAUCUGACGAGCAGAAGAAGGUGCUACUGCAGCACACAAGCGUCAAUGAGACCGGCAUUCGGGGUACCAAGUUCGACCCCCAGCAAAUCCUAGAGGCCCUCCUCGACCCACAAGUCUGGCUCUUUGGUUUAAUAAUCGCAUCUCUUAAUCCUCAACCCUAUAUCCGGUUUCAACUACGGCGGCCCUAUCUCCGCCCUCCUCAACUGCCCCUCCGGCCUCUCAGCAUAUUCUUCACCCUGCUCGUCGGCUUCGGCAUCCGAACGGCCUCCAACCGCUGGUUUUGGGUCUCCAUCUGCUGUAUCCCCGGCAUCAUCGGCGCCGGACCGAUGUCGUUCCUCCCCAAGUCCAAUCGCGGGGGCGUCCUGGCCGGAAUAUAUCUAAUUUCGGUGCUGACUACGCAGGCUACAUCUGGGCUACUGGCUGUCGUACUGUUCCGGUAUUAUGUGUGGGAAAACGGGCGGAGGGAUCGUGAGGAGGCUGUGCGUCGAGAAGAAGGGGUGGCAGAGGAAGAGGCUCAGGAUGGACUGACUGAUAAGCAGAAUAGAGAUUUGAGGUAUGCGUACUAGGGAGGCAUAAUGCUUGGAUAUCAGUCAUAUCAAAACCGACCAAAUGCCGAGUCGGUGUUUUGGUGCGGUGGCUGCUAUAUUAUGAUUGAUUUACUUCUAUCAAGCGUGGCAUCUUGUUCUCAGGGGAUCGCAUGGUCUGUUUGGUGGGCUCGAAGCGAACAUACCAUACCGAAGGAGGUUACUUUGCGUCCAAUCAUUAUCAUAAUGCAUGUUAUUGUUGUUUGGAAGAAAUCUGCCCAAUAGAUAGUACUUU